AUGCCACAAUUUCUACCACCUUCACAGCAGUUACAAUCUUGUCCAACUGCCAAGCAACCAGAUGAGAAACAACCUGUUGCUCAGCCCAGUUCCCGGGAGCGCCUGCCCGUCCUUUGCCUGCGUGGUUACCACCUCAUCCCAGUGCUUGCGGAGUCUAAUCCUGGCCGAUACGGCUUCCUCUGGCACUGGUUUGACGAGAUCUACGUCCUUCUGGAUUUGCUGCUCCAGCAGCACUAUCUGGCCAGGUGCAGCGCCUCCUUUUCUGAGAACUUUUAUAGCUUGAAGAGGAUACCGAUGGGAGACCAUGGGCAGCAGCCUCUGGCCACUGCUGGCCUUCCAAAGAGGCAGCACUGGAAGUCUCUCCUCUUGCUGGUUCUUGUUCCUUACCUGAAAGGAAAGCUAGAGAAACUGGUGUCCAGCCUGAGGGAAGAGGAUGAGUACUCCAUCCACCCUCCGUCGUCGUCCUGGAAGAAGCGCUUUUACAGAGCGUUUCUAGCUGCCUACCCCUUUGUAAACAUGACCUGGGAGGGCUGGUUUCUUAUCCAGCAACUGUGCUAUAUCCUCGGGAAAGCUCAGCAUCAUUCACCCAUGUUGCGGCUGGCUGGCGUUCGCCUGGUCAGACUGACUGCGGAGGAUAUCCAGGCCCUGGAGGAGAAAUUGGCUGGAGCCACCUCAAGUCGAACACAGAGCAUUAAAGCACAAGUGCAGUCAACGGUGAGGAAAGCGUUGGGUGGCAUUGCCUUCUCCCUGUCCACCGGGCUGUCCGUCAGUGUUUUUUUCCUCCAGUUCCUGGACUGGUGGUACUCCUCAGAAAACCAAGAGACAAUCAAAUCUCUGACAGCACUCCCAACCCCUCCGCCCCCCGUGCACCUCGACCAUGGGGCCGGCUCGGCUCUCUUACCCAAACUGAAGACCGUGUGCCCUCUGUGCCGCAAAAUUCGUGUCAAUGCCACAGCCCUGUCCACCUCCGGCUUUGUGUUUUGCUACCGCUGUGCGUACGGUUACGUGAAGACUCACCAGCGCUGCCCCAUCACAGGCUACGCCACAGAGCUGCAGCACCUUGUCAAGCUGUACUCUCCCGAGAGCUGAAAGGCCUGCCCCGUGCUUUCAGAGCGAUGCAUUUCCGAGGCUGGCGGCUAGGUAGCAGUG